CAUGACGAGGCGGGUGACAUGCCGGCAUUCCAGUCCAACGCGGUUGACUUCUCAGGCUUCUCCUUCAAGAACCUCUCACAACUGGCUUUCAUCAACACGGAGAUUCUUGAAAGGCGGCAGAGCCCUCCCAAUGGGCCAGCAACCGAGUCUCCAUGA